GGCCACAGUAAUCCAGCUUUCGGCGUCAGGCUUGUCUCUUGCGGCUCCUCUGUAUGACAAUCUGCCGAGCUUCGGAGGAGACAGCCAGAAUGUAUUCUACCAAGCAGUCCGAGAGGAAAUGCAGCAUCAGGGGGAGGGCUUGGAUGAUAUCUUUGACGAGAACCUCAUGACGGAGGACCUCCGCAAAUUCGUGGACAAGCUGCUGGACGGGAAGCUCAAGCCUGAGCAAUACCAGGCUGAGCGCCUCAAGCUGAACUUCCGGCGCGACCCAGAUGGCCGCGUCUCCCUGCGCAGCCGCCAGGGUGCCUGGUUCAGCGUGCGACCGGACAUGCAGGUCCCCGGCUUCCUGCUGCUGCGCGACCAGUCCAGCGGCGCCGUGUUCUUCCUGCCGCCCGACCCCGAGGGUGACGGCCUGGCGCAGAUGGACCUGUCGGACGACCUGGCGGUGGCGCAGCUGUUCAGCAACACGGCGUGGCAGGACGUGAUGGCCCCUCUGAGCUACCGCGACGGGUCAGAGGUGACGCAGCUGCGCAUGUCGGAGGGCGACUUCCGGAUGGUGGCCAGCCUGGUGGAGGGAGCGGAGGAGGAGGCGGAGGAGGAGGCAGGGCAGCAGCAGCAGCAGGAGGUGCCAGCAGCGAACUAAGGCGACGGCAGGGGGUGUAGGCAGCGGGGCGGAUUGGAUGGUGUUGUGGAAGGAGGUAAAGCGGGCAGGGGUAAGGUGAGGGGGAGUUGCGGACAAGUUGCGGGAGAGGAAUUGUGUGUAUGACAUGCACAGAGGGUUGAAGGAGGUGAUUGAAAGCGAGAUGACGGCGAGAUAGGCCUGUGAACUGCCGUGCCGGCAUGUGGUUUCAUGCCCGACUUGUGUCGGAAAGCUCGGGUGCGGCAGGUCGCACCGACCAAGUAUUCUAGCACCAGCCAGAUAUGGUCUGUAUCCAGAGUCAUAAGGCCGCAUCAUUGCAUCCAUAUUAAAGCUGGAGUUGGUGGUCGCCGUUUUGCAAUUUUCCCUGUCGCAUGCGGUUGGCUGCCGUGCAUGAAAUGGUUAGUAAACUAUCGUACUCUUGAUGCGCGGCGUGUUUGACGGAGGGUGGCUCCUGUGUAAGGUUC